AGGGUUUUAGGUUUUUUUUGGUCGGCUCCCCCCGUUCGCCGGCAAGCAUCCCAUCCAACGCGGCGGCGGCGGUCUGCGAUGGCGGCGAAGAAGGGCGCGCCACGCAGGCAGCAGCCGCAGCCGACUCGGGAAGUGGCCGCGGCGAAGAAGGGGAAGGCCUCCCCGAAGAUGGCGAAGAGGGCGCCGAAGAAGAAGCAGGAGCUGCUCGAGUCGUCGUCCGACGACUCCGAGCUGGAGCAGCAGCUGCAGGAGGAGGAGUCCGGGUCAGACCUCGACGCUCCCUCGGACUCCGGCGCCGAGGAGCUCUCCGACUCGGAUGAUGCCUCCUUGGAGGGAGGAGACAGCGGCGACGAAGAGGAAGAGGAGGAUGGCGACGAUGAACCCCUCGCUGAUGACUUUCUCGCUGGAAGUAGUGACGAUGAAAGUGCAGAAGGACAUGACUCUGGGGUGGAGUCAGAUGAGUCUGAUGACUUUGAGGCGAAGUCACGUGCAAUUGAUGAAGCGAAGGGGAAGGCAGAAGAAGACGCUGAGGAGGAACUCAAACUUAAUAUUAGAUCAGAAUAUGAUGAGUUCCGAUUGCCCACAAAGGAGGAGUUGGAGGAAGAGGCACUUAGACCGCCAAACCUGCAAAAUCUUAAAAGGAGGAUAUCGGAGGUUGUCCGGGUACUCUCAAACUUCAGUAAGCUAAGGCAACAAGAUGUCCCCCGAAAGGAUUAUGUCAAUCAGCUCAAGACUGAUAUAAUGUCAUACUAUGGAUACAAUGAUUUUCUUGUUGAAGCAUUUAUUGAGAUGUUCCCAUCUGUUGAGCUUGUUGAGCUACUGGAAUCUUUUGAGAAAAGACCGCCUGAGUGCUUACGGACAAAUACAUUGAAGACCCGGAGAAGGGAUCUUGCUGCUGCUCUUAUACCAAGAGGAUUUAAUCUGGAUCCGAUAGGGAAGUGGUCAAAGGUUGGUCUUGUUGUAUAUGACUCCACCAUUUCAUCUGGUGCCACUGUUGAAUAUAUGGCUGGGCAUUAUAUGAAACAAGGUGCAAGUUCUUUCUUACCUGUGAUGGCUCUUGCUCCUCAAGAGAAGGAGCGCAUUGUUGAUAUGGCGGCUGCCCCAGGUGGUAAGACUACAUAUAUUGGAGCUCUUAUGAAGAAUACUGGAAUAAUUUAUGCAAAUGAGUUCAAUGAGAAAAGAUUACAUGGACUUCUGGGCAACAUACAUCGCAUGGGUGUUACCAAUACAAUAGUUUGUAAUUAUGAUGGUAAAGAGCUACCCAAAGUUCUUGGGAUGAAUUCGGUUGACAGGGUUCUUUUAGAUGCACCCUGCACAGGCACAGGGACCAUUUGGAAGGAUCCACAAAUUAAAACAUCAAAGGGCAUUGAUGACAUCAGAGACUGUGCUUUUGUACAAAAGCAAUUGCUCUUAGCUGCCAUUGAUUUGGUUGAUGCCAACUCCAAAACUGGCGGUUACAUUGUUUACUCAACCUGUUCGUUGAUGAUUCCUGAGAAUGAAGCAGUUAUCGACUAUGCCCUUAAAAAGAGAAACGUAAAGCUUGUGCCAUGUGGAUUAGAUUUUGGGCGUCCAGGAUUCAUCCGAUUCAGAGAACAUCGGUUCCAUACUUCUUUAGACAAAACAAGGAGAUUUUAUCCUCAUGUGAACAACAUGGAUGGAUUUUUUGUUGCGAAGCUGAAAAAGUUGAGCAAUACAAUCCCAGUGACAUCUGAGUCAUCUAAAGUUCCUGAAGAAGCAAUUGUUGAGACUGAUCCUAGCAGCGAUGGUCCUCAAAAACAGCCUGUUCAGUCAAAAAAACAUAAAGAUGUGAAGAAGACCGAUGAAGAGACAAGCACUCUUAAUGGGGUGACUAAGGAUAAACAACAGACACAUGAUAAGCCUGAAAAGACUAGCAAGAACCACAAGAAGGGUGAGAAGAAACAUAAUGCCCCUGAAAGUGCUAAAAUGAAGGGAGAUAAAAAGGAAAUACACAAGGAACAAGAAGAACCUGCAAGUGAGAAACGGCAGCCUGUCUCUGCUAAAAUUAAACCUGUUCCCAAGAGAGUAUCAGGGACCAAAGAAAAGAAGAUGGAUACUGACCAAGGAGGGAAGAGGAAAAGGAACUGGAUGGUGAGACGAGAAUGGGACGCUUAUAAGAAGUCGAGGAGUAAAAAGGUAUGAAAGGCACGGAUGAAGGAACUCUAGCCGUAGACAUUGUAGUGAAAUUUGAUAACCCACAUACGGGAAAGCUGUUAAAAGGAGCAACAAAACACAAUUUUGGCGUUGGUUUCAAGUUGGGAAAAUUUUGUUGUACUAGGAGAAUUGUUUGUGUAAUUUUAUCUUUUUCCAUCUUGGUUUAAUGUAUCAAACCUAUCUGAGCUGUGAUUGGUUUCAUCAUGUUGCCUGAUUAGUUUGCAGUUUGCUCCCUGAUGGAACAGCAUGGUGUUUUACUUGUCU